CUGAAGGUGUCACUGGGUUUAUUCCAGAAACACAGGGGUGGUUUUAUGUAUACUAACUCUGGUCCUGACAGUGCAUAAAAUACCAACUCUUUUCAACAUGUGAUAAAGUUCGUUUUUCCCUCUUUUCGCCCUCGUCCAUUGCUUCGUGUCGCUCGACAAGACUUCAUCGUAUCGAUUGUCUUCCUGCACUUUCGAAGACGUCGGAAGGCAUGGCGGCGAGUGCACCACAAGUCUUCCAAGGGUCGUUCCUCAUAGGACUGGUUAUAAACAUCUUCCUGCACGGUCUGGCCACCACGCAGGUGUACUUGUAUCUCACAAUAUACAAAAAAGAUAGAUUUUGGCUUAAGUCACUCAUAGUGGUUUUGUACUUGGUGGAUACGUUCAACUGUGUCGUCAGCAUUUAUUACAUCUACGAUGCUCUAGUCACGAACUUUGGCGAUGAGGCGAACCUUGCGAGUGGCUCCUGGGCAUUCGUAGCUGGUACCGCCUCGACGGGCGCCGUCAGCGUGGCAGUACAACAUUUCUUUGCGUGGCGGGUAUAUAUGUUGACCAAUAACGUGUUCAUCGUGAUGGCUAUCGUUCUAUGUAGCCUGGCCAACUUAGCAGGGUCGCUCGGCGUCAGCGUCAGUCUGGCCGUCAACCCCGGUGAUUUCCGACGUUCAAACCUACAAAUUGAGGUCACGGUAUGGUUGGUUGGUGCUGUCCUCGCUGAUACAAUCAUUGCCGUUUCGCUCGUAUGGCAUCUGGGAAGACACAAACAUCUGUACCCUGCGCUGAACAGCACCAUCAACCGGCUCCUCAGGAUGACUGUACAGACUGGAGUCGUGACAACCAUCGUUGCUAUCAUAGACUUGGCAUGCUACCUGACCGACAGUUUGAACACCUAUAUGACAUUCAGCUUGACAGUGUCAAAGCUAUACGUAAAUUGCAUGCUAUCCACAUUAAAUGCUCGUGGUACAUGGAGAUAUGAUGGAUCGUCAGAGGACGAAAUAAGCCAUGUCAGGAGCAGUCAUCCUGAGGUGAUUGUGUUCCAGGCGCGGAGUACGCAGCCGGGAGUUUCCGUGCAUGUAGAAUCGCACGAGAUGACCGACAUGGAUGACAAAUCAUCACACAGUAAACGAUAUUUCUAAACAUGGGUGGAAUGACGAGGAAGACAAUACGAAUGCUAGCAAAGUAUAGCUCGUGCUUCACUGUACCAGAUUGGGUGACCGCGGACCACGUCAGUAGGUAGCCAGAAAGGAGGUAGAAGAAAGGAAAUGAAGGAAUCAAGAAAGAAAACAAGGGGAGCACACUGACCCUCUUCUUUACGUCAAAGUGUCUUCCAUUCCUGUCUGGAUAGCUAGCUGGGUACCUGGGCACAUGAUGUAUAUCAAUGGGUCCUUCGACCGCCAUGCGCAGAAUUAGGGUCGAUAUCAUGCGGAA